CAAACGCCCAAGAAAGGCUGUUGCUCAGCCCGAUAUGGGCUGGCCUUCAUCAUGCUUCUCUGUAACUUUUCAAUGUUCACACAACAAAUGAAUUUUAGCAUCGCCAUGCCAGCUAUGGUGAACAACACAGCCCGGCCCAGCCAACCCAAUGCCUCCACAGACGUGCCUCCUACUGACGCCCCAGAUAGCAGGAAUGAAACUCCACAGGAACUCAAGGCAGUGGCUCCUGUCUAUGACUGGAAUCCUGAGAUCCAGGGAAUCAUCCUCAGCGCACUCAACUAUGGCACAAUCUUGGCGCCAAUCCCUAGUGGCUAUGUGGCUGGAAUAUUUGGAGCCAAGUACGUGGUUGGUGCUGGCUUGGUCAUUUCCUCAGUCCUGACCCCCUUCUGUCCACUGGCAGCUGAUACUGGAGUGACCUUGCUCAUUGUCCUUCGGGUUGUCCAAGGCAUAGCCCAGACCAUGGUAUUAACAGGUCAGUUUUCAAUUUGGGUCAAAUGGGCUCCCCCAGUGGAAAGGAGUCAGCUCAUCACCAUUGCUCAAUCAGGAACAUUACUGGGAAGCUUCGUCAUCCUCUCUGUCGGAGGCCUCCUCUGCGACACCAUAGGAUGGCCUUAUGUCUUCUAUAUCUUUGGUGGAAUGGACUGUGCCUGUUCUUUGCUCUGGUUUCUUCUUGUCUAUGAGGACCCUGUGACUCAUCCAUUUAUCAGCACUGGUGAGAAGGAAUACAUCGUGGCUUCCCUGGCUGAACAGGGCAGUUCUCCAGGCUGGUCUGUUCCCAUUAAGGCUAUGGUCAAAUCCCUGCCACUGUGGGCCAUUUUAGUGUCUGCAUUCUGCAUAUACUGGCGUAAUUACAUCAUAAUAGCAUACAUGCCAACAUACAUCAACACUGUGCUUGAAGCUAAUUUCAGAUAUAGUGGGAUCAUGUCAGCUCUGCCACUAUGUGUUGCCUUUCCCACCUUUAUCCUUGGAGGUCAACUCGCUGGUUUUCUCCACUCCAGAAAAAUCCUUAGACUCAACACUAUCAGGAAACUCUUUACUGCCUUAGGGGUUCUCAUCCCAUGUGGACUCCACCUGCUCCUGCCCUGGGUGAGAUCCAGCCACAGCACCACCCUUGCCUUCUUGAUCCUGAUUUCCGCCAUCCGCAACCUGUGUGAAGUAGGAGUUCUUCUCAACAUGGUGGAUAUUGCUCCUCGGUACAGUGCCUUUCUCAGGGGACUAUCACAAAUAUUUUCUUUCUUAGCUGGAGCCAUCUCUCCCGCCGUCACUGGCUAUUUCAUAAAUCAGGACUCUGAAUAUGGUUGGAGAAAUGUCUUCUUCAUUGCAGCUGCUAUUGACAUAGCAGGCCUGGUCAUGUACCUCAUCCUGGGAAGAGCUGAAGUCCAAGACUGGGCAUAUGACUGA